AUGAACCUCAUCCGGGGUCUUCUGCCUAUUCUGGGUCUUUCCCCCGUCAUUCUGGCGGCUCCGGCUAAGCAGGCUGUGCCUACGGUCACCAUUGCAUCCCCCAAAGCCACCGUUCUCGGAUCGUCGGGCGCAGUCGAGAAGUUCAAUGCCAUCCCCUUCGCGCAGCCGCCGACAGGGUCUUUGCGUCUGAAGCCCCCUCAGCUGAUUCAGACAUCUUUGGGCACUGUUGACGGCACCGGUAGUGCCAAAUCGUGCCCCCAGUUCUUUUUCUCAACCGACAACACCGAGUUUCCCGGAUCGGUUACCGGUCUCUUGAUCAAUAACCCUCUGUUCCAGAAGAUCACCAAUGCCGGAGAGGAUUGUUUGACCCUGAACGUUGCGCGCCCGGCUGGCACGACGCCAGACUCAAAGUUGCCGGUGCUGGUGUGGAUCUAUGGUGGUGGAUUCGAACUGGGUGGCACAUCCACGUACGACGGGACAGCGCUGGUGGCCAGCUCGAUUGCUCUAGACAUGCCCGUUGUCUUCGUCGCCAUGAAUUACCGAGUAGGAGGCUUUGGAUUUCUGCCUGGCAAAGAGAUUCUCGCGGAUGGAGCAGCCAAUCUAGGGCUUCUGGACCAACGCUUGGCCCUGCAAUGGGUGGCAGACAACAUCGCCGCGUUCGGAGGGGAUCCUGACAAAGUUACGAUUUGGGGCGAGUCGGCGGGCUCGAUAUCUGUCUUCGACCAUAUGAUCCUGUACGAUGGGGAUCACACUUACAAAGGGAAGCCCUUAUUCCGGGGGGCCAUGAUGAAUUCCGGCAGUGCGAUUCCAGCAGAUCCGGUGGAUAGUGUCAAAGGCCAGCAGGUCUAUGAUGCGGUUGUAGAUCACGCAGGCUGCUCAUCUGCAGCGGAUACGCUAGAGUGCCUCCGCGCAUUGGACUACACGGACUUCUUGAACGCAGCCAACGCGGUGCCCGGAAUCCUCAGCUACCGUUCGGUGGCAUUGUCAUAUUUACCGCGACCCGACGGGAAGGUCCUGACCGAUAGCCCGGACAAGCUAGGUAAAGCGGGCAAAUACGCGCCAGUGCCAUUCAUUAUUGGCGACCAGGAGGACGAAGGUACCCUGUUCGCGCUGUUCCAAUCCAACAUCACGACCACCCGUCAGGUAGUCGACUACCUGGGUAAGUACUUCUUUUACGGAGCCUCGCGGGCGCAAUUGGAAGAACUGGUGGCUACAUACCCAGACGUGACGACGGAUGGUUCACCAUUCCGCACCGGCAUCUUCAACAACUGGUACCCGCAAUUCAAACGGUUGGCGGCGCUGCUCGGCGAUCUUACAUUCACGCUGACGCGCCGAGCGUACCUCAAGUACGCGACAGAAAUCAAGCCAGAUCUGCCGUGUUGGUCUUACAUAUCCUCAUACGACUACGGAACACCGAUCAUGGGAACCUUCCACGCCAGCGACAUCCUGCAGGUGUUCUACGGGAUAUUACCCAACUAUGCAUCGCGCGCCUUCCACACCUACUAUCUCAGCUUUGUAUAUGAUCUAGACCCGAAUGCUCGUCGGGGCAAUCUGAUGGAGUGGCCGCAGUGGAACAAAGGACAGCAAGUGAUGCAGAUUUUCAACAACCGGGGUGCCUUGCUCGCGGAUGAUUUCCGCAACGACACAUACAACUUCAUCCUGAACAAUGUCGAUUCAUUCCACAUCUAG